AUGGAAUCUGGGAGAAGGGGAUGGAAUGGGAGAAGGGGAUGGAAUCUGGGGGAAGGGGAUGGAAUCUGGGAGAAGGGGAUGGAAUCUGGGAGAAGGGGAUGGAAUCUGGGUGAAGGGGACGGAAUAUGGGAGAAGGGGAUGGAAUUUGGGAGAAGGGGAUGGAAUCUGGGAGAAGGGGAAGGAAUCAGGGAGAAGGGGAUGGAGUCCGGGAGAAGGGGAUGGAAUCUGGGAGAAGGGGGUGGAAUCAGGGAGAAGGGGAUGGAAUCCGGGAGAAGGGGAUGGAAUCUGGGAGAAGGGGAUGGAAUCCGGGAGAAGGGGAUGGAAUCUGGGAUAAGGGGAUGGAAUCAGGGAGAAGGGGAUGGAAUCUGGGAGAAGGGGAUGGAAUCUGGGAGAAGGGGAUGGAAUCUGGGAGAAGGGGUUGGAAUCUGGGAGAAGGGGGUGGAAUCAGGGAGAAGGGGAUGGAAUCUGGGAGAAGGGGAUAGAAUCUGGGAGAAGAGAUGGAAUCUGGAAGAAGGGGAUGGAAUCUGGGAGAAGGGGAUGGUAUCUGGGGAGAAGGGGAUGGAAUCCGGGAGAAGGGGAUGGAAUCUGGGAGAAGGGGAUGGAAUCCGGGAGAAGGGGAUGGAAUCUGGGAGAAGGGGAUGGAAUCAGGGAGAAGUGGAUGGAAUCUGGGAGAAGGGGAUGGAAUCAAGGAGAAGGGGAUGGAAUCUGGAAGAAGGGGAUGGAAUCAGGGGGGAAGGGGAUGGAAUCUGGGAGAAGGGGAUGGAAUCUGGGAGAAGGGGAUGGAAGCUGGGAGAAGGGGAUAGAAUCUGGGAGAAGGGGAUAGAAUCUGGGAGAAGGGGAUGGAAUCUGGGAGAAGGGGAUGGAAUUAGGGAGAAGGGGAUGGAAUCUAGGGGAAGGGGAUGGAAUCUGGGAGAAGGGGAUGGAAUCUAG